AUGACUAAGCAGUUGGAUAGCAAACCUACGCUGCUGAUGCUGCUCAUUACUACACGAAGACAAAUAUUCGAGAAAGGCAACAUUUUGUGUAAGGCAGGCAUGGCUCGGGACAAUAUGGAAAGGCUAAUUGUUUCCCCAAGACAUUAUGAGAUAGCGAGAGUAGAAGAAUUCAUGAAGAAAGCUGAGAAGAAACUCAGCAGUUGGGGACUCUUCAGGUCCAAAUACAAUGACAGUGUAGAUUUGUUCGAUAAAGUUGCUAAUUGCCUCAAACUUGUGGAAUCAUGGGAUCGAGUUGGAGAGGUAUAUGUCAAAUUAGCAAGUUGUUAUCUGAAGUUGGAUAGCAAAAAUGACGCUGCUAGUGCUUACGAUAAUGCUGCUCAUUACUACACGAAGACAAAUAAUACGAGAGAGGCAAUAUCAUGUCUAGAGCAGGCAGUAUUCAUGCGUCUGGAUAUUGGAAGGGUAAAUGGGUCCGCAAGAUAUUACAAGAAAAUUGCUAAAUUAUAUGAACAAAAAGAACGGAAUUUGGAGCAGGCGACCAUUUAUUAUGAGAAAGCAGUUGAUCUUUUCAAGAGCUUGAAUUUUACAUUGUCUGCAAAUCAGUGCAAGCAGAAAAUUGCAGAAUUCUCUGCUGAAGUACUUGAAAAAUAUCAAAGAUCAACUGAGAUUUUUGAGGACAUAGCAAGACACUCCAUCAGAGACAACUCCUUCCAAGUAUGA